AUGUCGAACCUCCGCAUAUACGUUUGGCUUGUCAUGCUUGAUGCUCCUGUCAUGAAUACCGACGAUUACCUCGCACUGAUACACCGUGGCGCAUCACCUGCUUAUUCCAAGAUUCGCAACGACACCUUCCGAACGCUAUCCACUGACCCUCUGUUCCGCCGCCGAGUGAGUGAGGCCAGCUUGAUCCGUCUACUUAAUGCCGUCGCCUGGAAGCUCUUCGACGCGAGACCGCUCAGCAGCAGGCCCUCCCUGUCGCAACAAGAGACACCGACUAAGGGAAGCGAUCUUCAGUCACAAGCAUCGAGCCCUGCAGCCAAAAACCGAGCUCGAGCGUUGACGCUUACAACCGAGGGCUCGGAGAGCAGCAUGGUUUCGGAGCCCGGGCUAUAUGUUCAGGGAAUGAACGUACUGGCAGGCCCCUUCCUUUACUCAGCACGAAGUGAGGUGGAGGCUUUCGUUGGAGUUCACCGGCUAUUGACGAAGGAAUGCCCCGGCUACAUCCGAGGAGCCAUGGAUGGCGUCCAUAAAGGCGUCGCACUGGUCGACAAGGUCUUGUCCAUUGUCGACCCCAAGUUGAGUUUGUACUUAACAUCAAAGGGCCUGACUGCUAAGAUCUACGCCUUUUCGUCCAUCCUGACGCUUUCUGCCUGCACACCUCCCUUACCCGAACUGCUCAAGCUGUGGGACUUCCUCUUCGCCUAUGGCCCCCAUUUAAACAUUGUCUGCGUUGCGGCCCAGCUAUACCUGCAUCGUAACACGAUACUGGCAUCUCCAAGCCCUAACCUUCGAAAUUUCCCUCCCCUAAACGCAGAGAAGAUCAAGAACAUAACGGUUUAUAUGCUUACAAUGAUUCCUGACGAUAUAUACCAGGAAAUUGUGUCGCACGCAAAAUGA